GCUCGGCCACACCAUGGCCCACGCUCGAAUUAGAAUGGGGCCGCAAGCUAUAUCCGUCGACCGGUCCACGUUCGGCGAGCGGCCUCAUGUUUGGUCUGCCACCAACGGCAGCGGAUAUGAAUCAGCCGCGCGGUCCCAUGACUUCGCUGAAGGAGGAGCCGUUAGGAGCGCGCGCCUGGAUGCAGCCGGUAAUCGAUCAGAGCAACUUGGGCAUCGGCCGCGCACAUUUCGAAAAACAGCCACCGAGUAAUUUACGUAAAUCAAAUUUUUUCCAUUUUGUCAUUGCGCUGUACGAUCGUGCCGGUCAACCGAUUGAAAUUGAGCGCACAGCCUUUAUUGGCUUCAUUGAAAAGGAUUCCGAAUCGGAUGCGACUAAAACAAAUAAUGGCAUACAAUAUCGGCUGCAGCUGCUCUAUGCGAAUGGUGCGCGCCAAGAGCAAGACAUAUUUGUGCGACUCAUCGAUUCGGUGACAAAGCAGGCGAUUAUUUACGAAGGACAAGAUAAAAAUCCGGAAAUGUGUCGUGUUUUGUUGACGCAUGAGGUUAUGUGCAGUCGCUGUUGUGAUAAAAAAAGUUGCGGCAACCGCAAUGAGACACCAUCAGAUCCUGUCAUUAUUGAUCGGUUUUUUCUCAAAUUCUUUCUAAAAUGCAAUCAAAAUUGUCUGAAGAACGCCGGCAAUCCAAGAGAUAUGAGACGCUUUCAGGUUGUCAUCUCCACUCAAGUGACCGUUGAUGGCCCACUCUUAGCCAUAUCCGAUAACAUGUUCGUGCAUAACAAUUCGAAACAUGGACGCCGCGCUAAACGUUUGGAUACCACGGAAGGUCUUUAUCCACCAUUGCCCGUGGCCACGCCCUGCAUCAAAGCAAUUUCGCCCAGCGAGGGUUGGACUUCUGGCGGCGCCACAGUCAUUAUUGUGGGGGAUAAUUUCUUCGAUGGCCUCCAAGUGGUCUUCGGCACAAUGCUCGUUUGGAGCGAGCUGAUUACAUCCCAUGCCAUUCGGGUGCAAACACCACCACGACACAUACCCGGUGUGGUGGAGGUGACUUUGUCAUAUAAGAGCAAGCAGUUUUGCAAGGGUUCGCCAGGACGAUUUGUUUAUGUUUCAGCCCUCAAUGAGCCUACCAUCGAUUAUGGUUUUCAGCGUCUACAAAAACUUAUACCACGUCAUCCUGGCGAUCCGGAAAAGUUGCAAAAGGAAAUCAUACUCAAGCGCGCUGCUGACUUAGUGGAAGCCUUGUAUUCAAUGCCAAGAUCUCCCGGUGGCUCCACCGGCUUCAACUCCUACACCGGUCAACUGGCCGUAAGUGUACAAGAUACCGCCGGCCAAUGGACCGAAGACGAUUAUCAGCGCGCACAAUCGAGCAGCGUGAGUCCACGUGGCGGCUAUUGCAGCAGCGCUUCUACGCCACACAGUUCGGGCGGUUCUUAUGGCGCUUCAGUGGCUGCUAAUGGUUAUGGUCCCACCACCAAUAUGGGAGUUAGCGGCCUCAGCUUCAAUCCCUUCACACUGCCGACGUGUAAUACCCAAGGCUAUGGGACAAGUCAGCUGGUGACGUCGACCAAAUAAAAUGCAAAUUGGUUUGCAAAUAUCUUGGAACAGCAAAUAUCAAAGAAACAUGCAUACAUAUUUACAUAAAACAUUUGAAGAACAGUUGCGAUUCGUAAAAAUAAAAAAUUUAAAUCAUAUUCAAAUAACAUAUCUUUUUGGUUAAGCUAAGCGUAAAAAACAUGAAAAAUAUGUAUGUAUUUAUUAUCGAAAGGCAAAAUUACAAAAUAUGUAUUUAUCGUUUUCUUCUAUAAUAGUUAAGCGUUAAUAGAUGCAUAAACAGUAAAUGUUUAAAUUUUAAUAUAUGUAUGUAUGUACAUAAGCAUGUAUUUAUUAGAAAAAAAUGUGUGUAAAGAAAAAAUUAUAUUAGUUAAAAAAAAAAAAUAAUUAUAAAAAUAAAAACCAUAGACGUAUGUAACUAUAAUUUCGCGUGCAAUACAUUACUUAACAGAGAAAUACACUAGGAAGAGCAAAAUAAUACACAUACACAUACAUAUAUAGUAUAAAAAGCAUUCAAUUAGUAUUUAUAUUAAACAGUUUUUGUAUAUAAACUUAUGAACUGGAAAAAAAAUAUAAGACAUUAAUAAAUAAGAAAAGAACACACAUAUGCAAUUGUAAAUAUCAACAGCAACUCAUAUCAAACAUUUCUAAAUAAAAUAUAAAAUCAUCUCAAAAAAUAAUGCAACCAUCAAUAAAAUAAAGUUUAACCAUUUAUAAUUAAAUUAUAUAACUCUUAUAACAAAACGAUGUAGAUAGUUAAUGAAUUUAGCAGAAUUUGUAUACGAAUUUUCCCUCAACUUUCACAGCAAAGAAAAAAAUCAAUACAACAUAAGCAAAAAUUAUAACAACUCAUAAUUGUUAGGCGGAUUGUACACAUUCAAAAACAAAAUACCUAAGCAUAUCUAGCAUUCACAUACACACUUACAUACAAUAGCUUAGCAUUAAAGAUUAGCCGACAUUUAGCAAGAUGUUUCUUCUUUUUAAAUAAAUAAAAAUGAGUUAAAAAGUAUGAAGAAAAACAAAACCGAUUAUUAGACAAUGAUAGUAACUAACUUGCAUGCAUAUAAGAAAAAAUAAAUAAAAAUAAACAAAAUUUGCAAAUUCUUAAUUGGCACACCACAAGCAAAAAAAUAAUCUAGAAAAUUGUGGUGAAAAUUUUAUUUUCUCAAAAAUUGUUACAUUAUUAUUAAGCAGUUAACGCCUUUCUGAUGAUCAGGUUAAGCAAUGUUUACAUAAAAUUUUAUAUAUAUACAUAUGAUUUUUUUUAACGCAAGUUGCAAAAAAUUUCCGU